AUGGGUUUUAUCCCCAUUAUAAGUUGUUUUUCUCCUUGGCAACUUGGAGUCUCCACUUUGGUGGGUGCCAAUGCUAGUUCGAUUAGCAAGUGGUGGGAUAAUUACCCGUUAAUACCAAGGAUUGGGUACGUUCUCCUUAAACUGUACCACAAAUGGGUUGGUUGUUUCCCUUGUAACCAUAAAAACAACCACUUUAUGAUUUCCUGGCAUAAGUGUAAGGCUACUGCUAUCCGGUGUAUCCCGGAUUUCAUUGGAUUUUUUUCCUUUGAAGUGGAUUAUUUCUUAUUGCAUUUGGGUUUGAUCCCCAUUAGUUGGUGUUUUCAUCCUAGGCAACUAGGAUUCUCCACUUAUGUGGGUGCCACUGCUAGUUCGAUUAGCAAGUGGUGGGAUAUUCACCCGACAAUACACGGGAUUGGGUACGUUAACCUUAGACUGUACCACUUACAGGUUGGUUGUUUCCUUUGUAACCAUAAAAACAACCACAUUUGGAGCCUUAUGGAUCCUUUUCUGCUUAUUGCUGUCUGGUUUAUCCCAGAUUUCAUUGGAAUUCUUUCCUUUGAAGUGGUCAAUUCUUUAAAGCAAAACGGUUUGAUCCCCGUUAGUUGGAAAUUUCUUCCUAGGCAACUAGGAAUCUCCACUUUAGUGGGUGCCACUGCUAGUUCGAUUAGCAAGUGGUGGGAUAUUUACCCGUCAAUACACUGGAUUGGGUACGUUAACCUUAGACUGUACCACAAUUGGGUUGGUUGUUUCCCUUGUUCUCAUAAAAACAACCACUUUGGAACAUUACAAUCCCUUUGGUUUUACCAAAAUUUUAAUGCAAAUCGGUCCAUCCCGGUUAUCAUUGGCUUUUUAGUCUUUGAUGUGGAAUUUGGAGGUUUUAUUCUUAAUUUUUUAAGGAUUAACCUUCAGGGGUAUUUUUGGAAUACCUUCAUUAAAAAAGGAAUUGACGGGCUUCAUGUUGUUGGAUUGAUUCCUAAGGAGAAAGUUCGCAAUUUAGAUUUUUUUAAUCUUGAGGAUUGUGGUAUUUUUGCGCUUAUGAGCUAUUUAUUUGCUAGAGGCUGGGAUUUUAUCCAAGGGCAUUUUUGGAAUUCUUGGAUUAUUAUAUUGGAAGAUUUGUUGAAGAGUAAUUGGCUUAGUUUGGGAAAGAAAGAAGUUGAAGACAAUUUGAAGAUGAUUUGGAAAUGGUGGGAUUUGUUGGGAAAUAAUGGUUUUAGCAUCAUACUUUCUUGGGGUUUGAAGAUUCUCUAUUGGAGCUUAUUGGAUUUUAAAGUGAAGAUUGGAAAGAAGUUUAACAAUUACAUUGUGGAGAAGAUUGGGAAGAAUUGCAAGAAGAGUAUAGUUCAAAGUUCAAAGUUAAUUGCUAUUAUUGGUUUUAGUUUGGUGUGGAGAUAUUUGCAAACUAUUGAUGAUUUGAAUGAAUUGGCCAAUGAUUCUCUUGAUCUGGAAGUUCCUUGGAAGCAUUGGAAGUCAAACAUUUUUCAAACCUUGGACUAUUUGUUUGAGUAUGAGGCCAUCUUUUGGAGUUUGACUUGGUGGAAAAUUGGAAGCUAUAUGAAGAUUGAAGAUUUUGAAGAUUUCGGUGUUCCACCUGAUUUGGAACCCGACGUAAUAAUGAGAAAAAAAGGAAAAAAUGCGAAGUUGAAAAAUAAGCUCAAAUCUAUUCUGGAUAAUGAAUCUAAUCAAUUGAAUGAUCCAUUGAAAGCUAAAUCGGUCACCACACUCGUUAAUAAGUUCGAAUCUGAAGCUAAUUUGAUCGAUCGUAAAAAUUCGUCGGAGCUCAAAGUCGAAGCUACAGCUGAUAAAAUUGAUAAUAGCGGGAAUGAGAUUGCGAAGCCUUCAAAUGGUUCUGAAGUUGAUGCUAUGGCUCCACUAAUUGGCUCCAUUGGAGAAAAGGAAGCCAUGAUGGUUUUUUGGAACGGACUAACUUUGAGCGAGAAGGAAGGCUUCGUCCAUGGCUUAAGGUUUAUCAAGAAAAAAUACAACAAGGAAGGUGAGUUCGAUUCUUCUUAUGAUGAUUCUAUAGAUAAUGUUAAGAAGCUAUCAUCUGUUAGCCAAAGAAAUGAUAUUCUGAUGAAUUGGAAAGAUCUCAAUCAAAAGAAGAAGGAGAAGGUGAUUCAUAAGUUGUGUACGAGCAAAAUAAAAAAACAGGUGGAAGCCAAUCUUAGGAAGAACCAAGUGCCAUUUAAACCCUCUGCUUCUUUGUUUCCUGCUGUUAUUGAUAUGAAGAAGACAUCUGAUUUUGAAGCCUCGGAUGGAUUGCAGAAAGUGGGUGAAACUGUGUUAAAUCUCAUUCCUGAAGGAGUUCCAAUCUCGAACAAUAAUAGCCCUGUGAUUGUCGAUCUUCAAGACAUAUGUUCUAUGCGAUCUCAGGUCAAGGAGAAGAAGGUAAAGAAGAAGUUUGAAAUUGAUGAGAUGGUUAGUCAACAGCUUGAACAAGUCUGUAAUGAAAUUAUCUAUCAUUUUCCUAGUAAGUUUAAUCAUUUAGAACUUGCUAAUGAGGGUGAAUUCAAAUACAAGUAUGUUGAUACUGAUGAAGAGGAAAGUGAGGGCCAAAUGAAUAUAGAUGAUAAGGAAGAGAUUAGAACAACAGGUUAUAAUACAAAUGGCGGGCUUCUUAUAACCGAAGAUAUGCUGGAAGAAGUGAAGGCUAGUAAUGUCAAGGGUAAAGAGGAGAAGAUUAUCCCUGUGCAAAAUUCUAUGGAAGAAAAAAUUGAAGGAAAAGUCUCAUAUGCUGAAAAAGUGAGUGGAAAGAAAAUGAAUGCAGCAAAUCUUAUUUCUAAAGUCAAAAAGAAUGCUGAACUUCCUGAAGGUGUUGUGGAAAUGCCUAUAAGUGACAUUCUUAAAGGCUGCAGCCCCUUUAAAACAACGUUGUAUGGCUCAGAACAAGGUCUCCUCUCGGUGCUGGAAGGGGGAGUAUGGAUGAUAUUUGAUAGUGCUCUUAUUAUUCGUAGAUGGACUACAGGUGUUAGUUCAGUCAAAGACCAACAUGAUAAAAUUCCUGUUUGGGUGAAGAUAUAUAAUGUUCCCUUGGAGUAUUGGAAUGGGACAGGAUUGAGCCAUAUAGCUUGGGAAAUUGGAAAACCUUUAGAUGUUGAUGCUCACACUGCUAAAAUGUGCCAAGAACAUUGGGGAAGACCGGAUUUUAUGAGAAUCUUAAUUGAAAUGUCAGCAGCUAAAGAGUGGCUUAAAGAAGUGCUCAUCUAUUCUCGGAUUUAA